AGCAGUAUUACUCCAGAUGAUCCUCAUGCUAGCUGUUCGCGAGAAGAAGAGUACGCGUGGCUGCGUGCUGCCAUAGCACUCGGGGUCUCUGUGUCCGGGCGGUCGGAAUAUGGAUGAUGAGAUCUCAGAUAGCUGGGAAGAUCCGGCAGAGGGAGGGGUAAGAGACAGGACUGUAGUGGGUACUCGCUAUUUACAAACUCUCGGAGACUUAGGGAAUACCCUGGGAAAGCAUUUCAGCCAUCGAGGCGCCCGUGCUGCAUUAGACGUGGGGACGUAGCGAGGUGCGGCGCGAGGAAGUCGGCCGACACUUAAAGGGGAAGGACGGUGAUUACUGCAGCGCGAGGAAGGCAUUGAAAUGCAGAGACGGGGGGAGAAAUUGAGGAUAAACCAAAAACAUAGCAGAAUUUUGGACAGCGGUUCUGGCCACUGUCCCCUUAAGACCACAGCCAUCGUGAUCCAGGACGGCGCCCUGCCUGCAGCACCGCAGCCCCAGAUCCGCAUCUUGAAGCGACCUUCCAGCAAUGGUUCGCUGCACCCCUCGGCCGGGCCCCCCCGACCUCUCCCUCAAGUGAAGUCCCUGGCGCAGAGGGAGGCAGAGUAUGCAGAGGCCCGUCGGCGAAUCCUGGGCAGUGCCAGCCCUGAUGAGAGCCCUCAGGACAGCCCAAAUGCAGUCAGCAGGCCUGUAAGGAUGAACACACCCCAGUUCCCAGAAGACUCCCGCCCCAACAAUCUGGCUGUCCGCCAAGCUGUCAGCCCCGCGGGCACGCAGGGCCUUCGCCAGCGCAGAUAGAACACACUGUCCCGCCCUGGGGGUGGGGGUGGGGGUGGGGGAGGGGGGGCAUAAGCUGUAGGUCAUCUAGGACAAGGAGGCUGCAUAUUUGGGGGCACGAGGGGACACAGUGUUUCCUCUCUGCCCUGGGUGAGGAUGUCCCCCACUGCCCCCCCCCCCAUGUGGGGAAAGUGGGAGUGAUGGGGCCGCACAAGAGGAAACGGGACAAUGGACAUGCAGGCCAUAGGCAAUUUCUCCCUUCUUUCACCUGACUACAUGCACUGUGAUGUUGCUUCUGCGAGACACUGUUCACUGUGAUCCCCCCCCCCCUCCCCCCCCCACGUCCCAUGAAUUGCUUCAUUACCUUUGUGUCCACCUCACCUGCCUCAGCUGGCCCACUGUGACUGGCACUCGGUUUCUGGACAAGGCAAAGCGGCCUUUGAGGGCCAGGCGGCAGGCGGGGGGCUUAGGCCUUUGUAGUCGGCCUGGUUUGUGAGGCAGAACAGCUGCAACACCCUCUGAGGCUAAGAAGCAGACACUGGGAUGACGAACUGUCAGCCAUAGAUGAAAAAAGGAUGGAAAAGUUAGUCAGCCAGCAUCUCGUAGCAAUAUUAAGUAUAAUAAUAAUUAUGAUCAUCCCUUUUAUAUACUGUCCACAUGGUUAAGUUUAAUUGUCAGUGUUUUCUUUUAAAUUUGGUUUAACAAUAGUCUGAUUUUAUAAUGAUAACCAGGUGGGUUUAAAAUGGGUGCGACGAUCAGGUGAGUGUUGGAUUUGUGUACAGUGUUGUUUACAGUUGUUUUUAAAAAUUCUUUUUGUCUUCCUUAGGCUCAGAUUUUCUAUUUAUACAUUAAGAUGAAACAGCAACUAGAAUUAAACAUAAUCCACUGGUAGACUGAAGUAAAAUUUAAAACAGCUUUUCUGUUUUUUUUUUAUUUGAUAGUCAUUUUAAUUGAAAUCAACAGGAAAAGUUUUUUACAGAACAAUUUGUACCAGUGUUUGAACUUGGCAUGUGGUGCCUAGAACAAUUCUAAUAAAUGGGUAUUCUGUGCUUGUUUUUGCUAAAGUUUUUUCUGCAGCAUAUUUUGAUAAUUUUUCUUCCAUGUCUUGCAGAUGAUGGAAAGAAUCUCAGUUUUGUUUAACUAGCACAUUCCUUAAUUAUUUCCUGUAUGUCCUGGUUUUCCUGCUUCCACUAGUUUUAACUGCCUGCAAGGACAUUCUGAAGCUGGCUGACAGCUUUGGUGAUCUCUUUGGGAAAGGGGAUGUGUUUAAGCCCGAUCUCUUUGGGAAAGGGGAUGUGUUUAAGCCCGAUCUCGUUGGGAAAGGGGAUGUGUUUAAGGCCGAUUUCUUUGGGAAAGGGGAUGUGUUUAAGCCCGAUCUCUUUGGGAAAGGGGAUGUGUUUAAGCCCGAAAACAUGUAUAAACAAUCAAUGUCAGGAAAAUGUUUAUAUCUUUACAAUUACUUUUUACCGUUUGCCUGAUUUUUUAAUAUUAGGGUGGUGCCUUUAGUUAUCUGCAAAUAAUCAUAUUCCCAGAUGGGGAAUAAAAAUGGUUUUGGUUGAUUGCAGAAGACACUUGACCUUGUGAAUGUGAUAAGUCAGAAUAUAUUUGAUGGAUCUUAUUACUGCUUCACAAAAACAUUAUUUGAAUGAAGAUUUAUGUCUGAUUUCAAGACAAGUCACAUCAAAAAUGAAGCAGCAGCGCUAGAUGACAGCAAAGGAAAGGGUAGCUGUAGAAGAUAUUUGGUCUUAUGAACACAGUAACUCUAAAAGUAUUUGAAACAGCUGGGAAUAUUGGAUAGGUGAUGAUUUGGAACCUAUUUCAUUUUGAGAUAAGUUGCAUCAAAACUGAAGCAGUGUCACUGCAAAAACAUGAAAAGACAGCUACAGACACAGAUCCGGUCACACAAAGUUGGGCUUUUUAUAGAUUUUUUUUUUUUUUUUGAGUUGUGUAGGGGGUUCGAGGUUGGAGGGUGUGGGAGGAGUAGGGAUUAGACUGGGAGGAGUAGGGAUUAGACUGGGAGAGGGAUGACAGGCCAUCUGGGGAAUACAUAGUUGCUAUUCCGACUGCAUCUAGUUUGAAUAACUUGACUGAUGUUUCAGGUAUUUUAUUGCACAUUAUAUGGUGUAAUAAAAUUAUUUGCCAUGUGUUAAAUUUAAAACCUUAAGCCCCUGAAGUACCUUACUGUCUGUUUGUUGGAUGUCUUGCUGGAAGAGUCAACUAGGUAAAGCUAAACCUUGUGUGCUGCUAUGGCAACCAAAACUUGACAGAUUUUUGUUUUAUUUAAAAUGAUGGUUUUCUGCUUCUCAGUGUUGAACCAGUCUGUCAUCACAAACGUACACAAAUUUGUAAUAGAUUUCACGAUCUUCGAACUUUGUUUAAAUAUUUAUUAAAUGCUGGAAGCUCCACAAUUGCUGUUUGGCUGCUGGAGAAUUUUUUUAAUAGAUGGUCUGUCAGGAGGUAUGCAUGAUUUGUGAAUGUAGGGUGUAUUUCCAAAGGACUUGUUGUAGCAUUGUGUUUUUUUUUAAAUAAUUUGCUUAGGGGACUCCACAAUAUUGCUUUAAAAUCUUCAAAUUUAACCUUUAUAUUUCACCUCUUGUGAAACAGGUCAAAUUUCAUAAUUUUGUUAUACAAAAUAAAUAAGAAUUUAAAAACACUUUGGUAUUAUUAGAAGAUGUGUGUAGUUUUGCAUCAAAUAUGUCUUUAAAAAAACACAUUACUGCAUGCAAGCUGGAAAUCUGCUGCCUUUUUUCAUCCUCUUCUCCUCCAGGAAUGACAGAUGAAGCACUGAGUGGCAUUUUCUCUCGAAGACUAAAGCUAGUGAUUGCCUUGUAUCUGAUAUCUCAGAAAACAGAUUGUGGAAAUAUAAUUACAUUUGUUUCUAUUUCAUUGUUUUGUUUGCAUGCGUAUGAAGUGUAUUAACCCUCCCACUGGCCACAGGAAUGUUAUUCAAGAGGUUUGGCGAUUCUGAGUUUUCCAUAGCGUGAGCUUUGUGAAUAAAAUUGAAGAGCAGUUGA